GACCUUCCCCGCGAAUCGAAAUCACCGCGGUUGAUCUUAAGCCACUACUGUAUCAUCGACUCUACAAGUACAUGUCCAUUGUCCACCCGGUCGGUUAGAACGGCCGCUAAUAGACAGGAAUUCCGUGAAUGGGCUAUAUCUAUCGGGAUACCGAUCACAUCGAUCAUAGUAACGAGGUCUCUAGCCGCUAGUCGCAGAUGUAAUCGUGUUGUCCUCGGUCUAAGCGAUGCGACAGGGCUCCUUCGCGCGGAGCCUCGGUAAUUCGCCGACUAGCAUUACGAUCAGUCAGGAACGUCCGCUUCUGCACGCGGUUUAGCUAUCUCCAUACGCUUCUAUAUCAGACAGUUUCACAUAUGAUAUCUGUCUAGAAGACGUCUUUUUAUUUAAUAUCAACAUGGCUGAAAAUAGGCGCCCUGUGGCCUUGUUGUUUGACAUUGGGGGAGUCUGCGUAGCAUCACCCUUCCAAGCUAUUCUAGACUAUGAGCGCGCCAACAAUAUUCCACUCGGGUGGGUGAAUUUCAGUAUCUCGCGAACUGCCCCCAAUGGAAGCUGGCACAAGCUGGAGCGAGGCGAGAUCAAAUUGGACGCGGACUUCUUCGCGGCAUUCAAUCGGGAUCUACGAAAUCCAACACUCUGGCAGCAAUUCCAUGAAAGACUUCAAAAGCGAAAACAGACCGACAAUAAAUCGACAUCGGUCCCGCCACUACCAGAGAUCGAUGCAGAAUGGCUAUUCUGGGAGAUGAUGCGAGUAUCGCAGACACCUGAUCUCUACAUUUUUCCAGCCCUGAAAAAACUCAAGGCAUCCGGGCAGUUUUUGAUCGGUGCACUAUCGAACACGGUUAUCUUUCCCGAUGGCCAUCCCUAUAAUAACGAAAAUGAUCCGAAUGGACUCAAAGCGCAGUUUGAUUUCUUCAUCUCAUCCGCCCACUCUGGCCUUAGGAAGCCGGAUCCCAAGAUCUACGCAUUUUCAUUGAAGGAGAUAAACCGGGUGGCGAAGACACGCGGGAUCCAGGAGGUUGCACCCGCGGAUGUCGUUUUCCUGGACGAUAUCGGGGAGAAUUUGAAGGCGGCCAAGAAGGCAGGAAUAAGAACGCUGAAAGUCGUUCUGGGUAAGACUCAGGAUGCGGUCAGAGAAUUGGAGCAGAUUACCGGCUCGUCGUCGCCGACCCCAAAGCCAGCGCAACUUUUGGAUGCAGUCACGCACGCUAAGCGAAUCCCGCCCACAAAUUUGAACCCACGAAAUUUCCCACCGUCACUUUUUCUUCAAGCAGCCAACGUCGACAAUACAGGGCCGUCAACCUCGACAACCGACAAGAUGCCUUUCACCAAGCUUGUCAAGAACAGCGCGUACUACAGUCGCUACCAGACCAAGUACAAGCGCCGUCGCGAGGGUAAGACCGACUACUACGCCCGUAAGCGCCUCGUCACCCAGGCCAAGAACAAGUACACCUCUCCCAAGUACCGUCUGGUCGUCCGCUUCACCAACCGCGACAUCAUCACCCAGAUCGUCUGGUCCGAGAUCACCGGUGACAAGAUCCUCGCUGCCGCCUACUCCCACGAGCUCAAGCGCUAUGGUAUCACCCAGGGUCUGACCAACUGGGCCGCUGCCUACGCCACUGGUCUCCUGCUCGCUCGCCGCACCCUGAAGAAGCUCAACCUCGAUGAGCAGUUCACCGGUGUCGAGGAGGCUGACGGAGAGUACACUCUCACUGAGGCCAUCGAGACCGACGAUGGCACUCGCCGCCCCUUCAAGGCUUUCCUUGACGUUGGUCUGGCCCGUACCUCCACUGGUGCCCGUGUCUUCGCUGCCAUGAAGGGUGCCUCCGACGGUGGUAUCUUCAUCCCCCACUCCGAGUCCCGCUUCCCCGGUUUCGACAUUGAGACCGAGGAGCUCGACGCCGAGACCCUCCGCAAGUACAUCUUCGGUGGUCACGUCGCUGAGUACAUGGAGGGUCUCGCCGACGACGACGAGGAGCGCUUCAACUCCCAGUUCGUCAAGUACAUCGAGAACGACAUCGAUGCCGACUCCCUCGAGGAGAUCUACGCCAACGCCCACAAGGCCAUCCGCGAGGACCCCUUCAAGAAGGAUGAGGAGGCCGGCGAGAAGAAGUCCAAGGAGGAGUGGAAGGCCGAGAGCAAGAAGUACCGCAGCGCCAAGCUGUCCCGCGAGGAGCGCAAGGCCCGCAUCGAGGCCAAGAUCCGCUCGCUCGCGUAAAUGUGAGCUUAGGACGACAACAAAAAUGUACUCACAGUUAUGCUGCUGUGUCGAAAAUAAAUAAAAAAAGUAUUCUUCAGAGAUACCUGUAUGCCUACGGGCAGAUUUUUUCUCGUUUGGUCAAGGGUUUACGGGUUACGGGAAUCAGCGUCACAUUGUUUUCGGAGCAUCUUAGUUCGGUUUACCAAGGGAAAGUCAUUCAAACAGUUCUACCUGCUCCGAGACGGUCCAUUGCAGUCUCCUUACGCAUCAUCCGCAGUAACGUCGUAACGCAGUACUAUAUCUGCCAUCCAACCACACUUGUAGC